AUGACAAAGACGGCGAGCGCAAAGCGCAAGCGCGCCGAGAGAGAGGCCCUCAAGGCCGCCGAGUCCAACAAGCGCGCCAAAUCCUCCCACGACGCAUCGGCCGACGGCAGCAAUUCCCCGGACUCGAACGAUGUCGCCGACGCCACUACCAGCUCCAAUGGCACUAGACUGCCCAAGAUCUUGCUGGAGAAGAAGCUCUUUGUCGAGAACUCGACCGGCAAGGACCGUGUUCGCGAAGCAAAGCUGUACGACCUCCUCAGCAGCGAGAACGAAAUGGAUCGCCUCGAGGCCGCUGGCGCCAUCAUUUCUAGUCUUCUCGACGAUGAGGGCGUGACGGAGGCGUGUUUGACGAGACAUCUCGAUUGGCGACUAUUCCGUGGUCUUGCCAGCGGUAGAGCGGCGUCGAGGUUGGGCUACAGCGUCGUCUUGACUGAGAUCCUCAGCCAGCUCCUCGGCCCGCCCAGGAACUUGUGCCGCGACAAGUAUCCCGGUCUGACGUUUGAUAAGGUGCUGGAGAUGUUGAUGGAGAGGACGCGUUUCGGAGGUAACAUUUCGGGCCAGGAGGAGCGAGACCUGUACUUUGGACAGCUAUUUGGCCUCGAGUGCUUCGUGCGCGCGAGAAUCCUCUUUCUCGAAGAGGAGGGCCCGGACAGAUGGAACGAGAUUCUCAGACUACUCGUCAAGCUGGGCGGCAAGAAGAUUUGGCUGCGGCCGCAGUGCGGAUGGGUCGUUGCGCAGGCUUUGGCGCAGCUGGACCGUCCCCGCGUCGAGAUGGUGCUGCAGCAGCUGGUCGAGCUCGGCUGGGCCAAGACCCCCGAGGGUGUCGGCAUCUGGCUUGUCGCAUUCGAGCAGUGCCCCGAAUUGACUACCGGCGACAAGGCGAAGCACCACCACCCCCUCUCUUCGAGAAACCUGGGCGAGCUGGCGGGUAUCCUGAAGGAGAGCGGGCAGGAUGACGUGGAGAAGCAGCAGAAGCAGCAGCAACAACAGCAGUCGAGGAGGGGCAACUAUGUCAAGAACAAGCAGGCCAACUGGACGCCGCAACUACACUUCGUGUGGGACCUGAUUGUGCGACACUUCCUGCGCAAAGGUCCUGCAGGUGUCGAUGAGUUCAGAUCGUUCUGGAAGCGAGUUGUUGAUGACAACUUCUUUGCCAAGACCGCCACCGAGGGACAAAAGUUCAGGGGCUUCCUGGUCUUCCAAAAGAUGCUUCAGAGCUACGCCGAUAUCGACGACCUCCUCGACGUCCUCUUCAGCAGGAAUCUAAUGACAUGCCUCAUCAACCAGGCAUCCCAGGAGGACCGCUUCCUUCACCGUGCAGCAUUGAAGACAUUGAAGGUCGUCGAGGAGACUUCUGCGGCGCAUCCUGAGGCCACUGGCAUCAUUCUCGACAACCUGAUUAAUAACAAUGGACUGUAUCGAUUCGAUGUCAUGACCAAGAGCAAGACGGUAGACAAGAUUCUUCAGCAUGUGAAGGCCGAUACCGGCGAGGAUGUUAUCCAGGUUCUUAGCGGGCCUGUCAUGAAGACUUCCACGACAUCAAAGGACAUUAACUCGGUUAAGCUUGACCUUCGCGUUUACAUUGAAUACAUCUUCCGCUUGACCACCUCGGCACCAGAACCUGCGCUUCAGGAGCUGACGUCUCUCGCAUAUGCCAAGCCCAUAUGGAUUCCGGAGAACGCAAACUCGCUAGUAACGGAGCUGAGCAGAAGCCGGCUUCAGUCGGCCUUUGCGAAGCUCUCGCGCAAGGCCGAGGACGCCAACUACCUUUGCACGGCGGUGCAGUCGAUCAACCCAGACUACAUUCGUAUGGAGGGAGAGAUGAAGAAGGAGGUUAACGCAGCACGGAAGCGGUUGGAGAAGCUCAUGAAGAAGAGUGCCUCCGCUAGCGAGAGCUCGACGGACGAGAUCAAGAUUUCACAGGGCUUGGCGCUGCUUCACGCCAUCGCCAUCUUCCAGCUCUACAACGAGGAGCCGGAUGCGUUCCAGCUUCUGAGCGAUCUUAAGGAGUACCAGAGUCGCCUGCAGACGGACGAGGAAGGCGCUGCGGAAUUUUUGGUCGAGAUCUUGCUUUCACUCGUCUCCCAGCAGUCUUCGCUUCUACGUGAGAUCUCGCAGCGGGUGUUUGGCUACUUUAGUAGCAAAGUCUCUCCCAAGGCGCUGGAGCUGUUGCUGGACGUCCUUUCCGCCGACGAGAGCGCCAAGGGCCAGCAGUCGCUCUUUGACGUCGACGCCGAUGAUAUGGACGUUGAAGACAUGGAAGAGGACGAGGAAGACGAGUCCGACGAUGAGGCCGGUUCUGACGCUGAGGUAGACUCCAACGUCGAAUUCGACGCUCUUGAGGCCGGCGAUGAUGAGGAGAACGAUGAUGAUGAAGGAGAAUCCGGAUCGGAUGAAGUGGCAGACGACGAGGAAGCACAGAACCUCGCAGACCUCGACGACGCUCUCGGUCAAAUUCUUAACAGCCACCGCCUCGACAAGGACGAAGACGCAGAGUCAUCGGACAAUGACUCGGACAUGGGCGACGACGACAUGCUGGAGCUGGACGGCAAGCUGGCCGAGGUUUUCAAGCAGCGCCAAAAGGCGGCGCCGAGCAAAAAGAAGGAGCGCAAGGCCGCCAAGGAGUCCGUCGUCAACUUUAAACGGCGCGUGCUGGACCUGCUCGAGAUCUUUGUGCGCAACGAGGCGGGCAGCCCGACGACGCUGGCGAUACUGCAGCCGCUGCUGCAGCUCGUCCGCACGUCGACCAUCAAGACGCUCUCUGAUCGUGCGUUCGAGCUGGUCAAGGACUACCAGAAGCGUGCGCGCAAGGCGAGGUCUGGUGGAGGCGGCAAGUCGACGGAGGCCGACCUUCCAGAGGCAGUCGAGAUCCUGAAGGGCGUCUACGCUGAGCUCAAGGCCGGCGAGACAAAGUCUCACGCCAAGGCCGCGGUGCCUGCCUGCCUGAUCGCUGCUUCUGGCGUAUUCCACGCCAGCAAGGGUGACCGGGCUGCUGUUGAUGCCAUUAUUGGGGAUGUGGAGGAAGCAUCGCCGACGCAGCUGGAGAUGAAGAAGGCUUGGGACGAGUGGUGCAGGAACCAGGAGGCUCUGAAGAAGAAGGCGGCCGGCGGUGCUGGAAAGAGUAAAUAA